AUGAUGGACGGUACACGGAUGUUAACAGAUAAAAGAAAACCACUGAUAGUUAAUACAGACGUAGCCGCGGCAAUGAGUGCUGACGGAAAGAACGUUGAAAAUAAACGUAAUUGGAUGGUAUUGGAUAAAGAGGUAAGUAAACAUUUGUAUAAAAAAAUAUGAUAGAAUGAAUAAUAUUUGACUGUAAUUGUAUUUGAUGAAUUUUAAUUUUACGAAAGUAUAUAAUACAAAAAAUGAUAUUUUUCGAGUUUUUUCCGAAAUUACAGUAUAAUUACACAUUAUUGUGUCUGUUGUAUUUAUUUAUUUACCUAUUUAUUAGGAUCAAAAAAAAAAAAAUAAUACGCAUAUCAAUAUACCAUACACGGUAUUUUUUUAUAGUAUAAUAACUAAUUCUUAAUUUCUACAUAUAAUAUUCCAAGUGAUUAUUUAAAGCGAUUAUUAUUAAAAAAAAAUUAUAUGUAAUACAAAUAAAAGUUAAUUAUAUUAAUUAUUUGAUACGCAGUCCCUUAAGUAAAAACUUGUGGCGGGAGUAGGAAGAACGCAGUUAACAUCAAAGGUUAUUAGCGAAGUAGCAAACUAUAUCAUUAGAAAGAAAACGAAUUAGAAUUGUAAUUAUUCCAGUCAUUAAUAUUAGGCUGUUAAAUUAGGUUUAUUUAUUAACAAAUAAUGAUUAGCAGUAUGCCAGUAUCCCUUGUAAUUUUUACUAUUUUGAGUUAUAAAAUUUGUUUUAUUUUUAUGGUAGGUAUUUGGCUAUAUUAUAUUUAUUGGCUGUAUUAUAUUUUGGCUAUAAUCGACAUUUUUCGUAUAAUUGCUCCAGAGUUAUUUAGCAUUCUGAAUAAAUCGCGAGUAUUAUAAUUUUGUUCGUUAUACUGUUUUAAUAUAAUUCUAAUAAGAAUUCAGUGUGACAGACCUAUUUGGUUAUUUAUCGUUUUGCAAAGAAUAUUUCUAUUAUACAAAAUAGAUGUAGGAAAAUUCGACUAGUGACGGAGCUCUGUCACUCAUGGGCGUUUUUAACUUAUUAUUUAAAUAUCAUUUUUCGCGAUUUUCUAAAAAAUUCAAACGUAUUUAUAAGUUCACGAAAAGUGAAAUCCAAUAAAAACUGAAGACCAUUAUUUUUAGACACUAUGUUUCAAUGCUUAUUAUAAAACCAAGAUAUUUAACGGUCCUAAAGACAUGGAUGUGAACGUAAGGAAAAUGAAUAUCAUUUAUUUUCUGGUGGAUGAAACUAUUAAGGUAAAUGAAACGAAGCAACCGAACAGCGGAACAGCACAAGGUAUAUAUAUUUUUAUAAAUGAGCAUGGCCGGAUUUAGGGGGGGGGGGGUCUUAAUGAUCUAAAUCCCAAUGGUCGUUACAAAUUUGGAGGCCUUACAGUUUUGUAAUUAUUUAACGGUAAAUACAGGAAAAUGUAUUUAAAUUUAAUUUAAUCAUAUAAAAAAUAUAUAGUUUCAGGAAUUAAAUUUUAAUCGUUACUCAACAUUAUUGAUUUAAAUCACAUGUGACACUAAUAAUGUUUAGGCAAUUUCUAUUAUUGUACUACUUUUCGGAAUUUAUUGUUUUUAAUUCAUCAUUAAAUAAUAUUAAAUUAAUUUGUUUGUGGCAAUGGAGCAAUAUAUUUUUGCUCUAAUACAUACUAAAAUCCGCCUCUGUAUACUAGAUUGAUAUAAAUUAAUACACAUGCAUACAUACAUAAAUACAUACAACCUCUAUUGAAUUUAAUCUAAACAUACGGAUAUUACUACUAUAUACUACUAUAUAAUUUCAAGCAAUUAAAAAAUUAAUCUUUGACAAUUGUAAAAACUGUUGAACAAAAAAAUGAAUGCUAUGCUAUUAUUAAUGUAAAAAGUUGUUAAAAAAAUAUUUUUUAAAUUAUUUUAUUAUUUUUUCGUGUACCUAUAAUGGUAAAACUUCAUUUUUUUAAUUUACAGGUUGCUUUAUAAAAAGGCAAUUAAUACCGUUACCCGGCGGUAAUCAAAAAACCGGGCCCUAUUACAAAGUAACCGAUUUAAUUAUUGGUGAAACGGUUAACUUUUACGGAAAGCAAUUACACAUCACCGGUGCUAACGAUUAUACUAGAGAUUUUUUGUUAAAAAUGGGUAUGGUCAUAAAGGACAACGAAACAGUUCCUAUUGAUCCGUACUUUACAUACAGAAAACGAGUAAAGUUCUAUUUUUAUUAUUAUUAUAUUUCUUUGUCAGAAUAUUACCUGAUUCAUACAUAAUAUUUGUAACAAAAUAAUAAAGUAAAAACAAAAUUAUUAAAAUGGUUAAUACUCGUAAAUAAAUAUUUAAAUAAAAAGUGUAUAUAUUUAUUUACUAUAAUUAUAAUAUUUGUAUUGACCAUAGUUCAUAAUCAAAUAUUAUUAUUGAACAUUAUUAUUAUGUAUAUUACUGUAGGCUUUCUGUUUCAGACCGAACUGGACCCUUUACCCAAAAUAAAGUCUAUCAAAUAUAAAAACUAUCAGUCGCUUCAGCUGGAUGACGAUACUUGUUCGAUUUUACGGUUUAAAGGAUAUAGUGAAGAAAAGAAUGGUCACAAUGUGCGUAAUCUCCACAUUUUGUAUUACCUUGUAGACGACACAAUUGAAAUAAGAGAAAUGAUUGAAAAGACUAAAUCUUGUAAGCAAGAAUGUGUAGUUUUUCUAAAAAGACAAAAAAUACCAAAAGUAAGUACCUACCUACAAUAAGUAGUGUUUGGUAGUAGUGUGCUAUUUGUUAAAAUGCUACUGUGGCGCUCUAUCUUUUUUUGUAGCCAUGCUAGUAGCGUUUGCUUUUAUUUUGAUAAGUAACACUCAUUAUAAGUCAACACUACACUUUUAAUAUGAAAACAGCUCAGAUUUUACUGUUUUUUAAGCGUUACUUUUUACCAAAUACAGUAGUAGGUCAUAUCUAAUGCGUUCGAUUUUUGUGUAUAGAACGGUCCAUGGUGUGUAUUCCCUGGGCAAAAUAUUAAACAAAACUUAUUAAAUUCGAUAACAAACGCCUCAGAUAGUACCUAUUAUAUGCUGGAUAGACACAGUUUAAAACCGGCCGUUGAACACAUACACUAUACUGACUUAUUUAUUGGUGCAACAUUUUCCGCGAAAGGCAAUGAUGUUGUUUUAACAGAAUGUAAUGAGGUUACGGAACAAUUUUAUGUGGACAACUUAGGUGUAGGUGAGUACAAUAUAUAUAAAAAUGUAUCUAUUUAUACAAAUUUAAUAUAAUUGUUUCUUCUAUAAAAUGCUUAAAUUUUAACAACUAACAAUAAUUCUAUAUUAAAUUAGUGAAAAAAAAAUUACUAUAUUGAUGUUUAUUUUUUAAAAUAAUAUACUAUAUGUAUGAUAAAUAAUAACACGUAUUUAUAAAUUGACUAUGAUUUAGAUGUUAAUGUAUUCAAAGCUUCUCAGAACGAAAGCGAAGUUAAACAAGAGAACACCGAUAAGACGAUAGAAGCAGAAAUUGAUAAGAAUAACAGUGUUUUAAGGGAAACAUUAUUGAUUCGCAUAAAAGAGCCUAUAGUAUUUGGUUUCGAUAUUAGAUUGAAUAACUGCAGCGAUCCAAGUAAUCCAAUGAGAAAGUUCAGUUUAAAGUAUUACUUGAACGAUGCACAGUUCUCUAUAUAUGAAUGUAAAGAAUUGGUGGCUGGUGAGUUAAACUGUUUUGAAGAUAGUGUAAAAAUCAAAUAGAUAAAUUGUAUAACAUUUUGGUAGUCUUUAAAAAAAAAAAAAGUUUUUUUUUUAUUAUAAAUUUAUCUUUUUAUGCUUGUACAAUCACCCUAAAUUUAUUUUAAAACAAAUAAAAUUUGUGUAAGAAUGUAUCGUUAUACAUAAUAAUUAAUAAUUCUAUUUUAAAAUAAAAUUAAGUGUAAAGGCACGAGUAUUACUAGGUAUAUAAUAAUAUAUAUAUUUUUUUUGUUUUACAAUAUAUUUCGGCAAUAGGCUGAAUCAGAUAAUAAAUUAAUACGAAAAAAAAUCAGAAAAAAAGUAAGUGGAAAGUACAUGGAUAUAAAAACAAUAUUAAAGAUUACGAAACAAUAAUUGAUAGAAGAACCUUUAUUUUAUUUUUAAAAUUUUUAAUUUUAGAUUCUGAGUUUAGCGAAGAAUAUGUUGGUUUUACAAAAAUGUUUAUUAUUUUAUUUAAUUUUCUUUUUAUGUGACACUUUCUAUCAGAAAGCUUACUCUGAUUAUCAAGUAUAGCACUUUACCUGAAAGGAAAUGUUCUCUGGGUGGUACUUUAAAGAGGUCAUCUUUUGAAAUUCGAUAUAAUGAGGAAAACGUGGUUCUUUAGGUUAAAAAAUAUUGAAAGAUUGAAAAUAAGAUUGUCAUUGGAAACCUUUUUUUAUUUAUUUCUUGUAUUUAAGUUUUUAUUAUUUUAAUCUUUUUUAAACAAUCGUUGACAUGAAAACAUACAUGCAUCAAAUUCCCGUCUGUAUUCUACCUUCCCAACCUCCCACCUAAAACAAUGACUGCACCCACGUGCGAAGUAUGUUCGUCCUUUUUUGAUUCUUUUUCAUUCCUUUUAGAUUCUGAGCUGCGUUAGGUGUGUAUUAGUGUAUUAUUUUUUUUUCUGCCAGAAAUUUUGAGUAAUUAUGUAAACCCUCCAAAAAUUAAAAUGUCUAUAAAUAGCUCAAAUGUUUUGAAAAUUUUAACAUAAAAUAUCUGUUAAAAUGUCACGUUUACGAAUAUUUAAAACUAAAUAACAUUAUAAAAACAACAUUGAAAAUAAAAAUAAAUAUUUUCGUACAUUUUCCUGUUCUUUUAAUAUAUUUUUCAGAUUUUUAAAAACUAAAAAGAAAAUCAAAAACUGACUCAUGGUCACCAACUAGAUUAAAAAUACAGCAAAACUAAUCUUUUGUUUUUUUUUAUUUUUUUAUUGGAAUAUUAUAUUAAAUAUUUUUUGCAGAAAAUAUGAGCCAUACAAAUUUAAAAAGGAAGGAAUCCUAGCGUCGUAAAUUUAUUAGUUGAUAUUUUUCGGUUUUUCUCAAUUAUUACAAAAACUACCCAAAAAAUCAAAAAUCAAAUUUCUAUAACAUGAAAUAAAAUAAAAAUGCAACAUAAUAAGAGGAUAUUGUUAUUUUUCUAUUGGAGCAAUAUGUAGAAAACAUAAACCGUAAACAUUUAAAAUAAAAAAAUACGCAGAUUUUUUGGUUUUUUUGCUUUUUACAUUUAUCAUGAAAACUAUUUUAGAUAUCAAAAAAUAAUUUUCCUUGUCAGUGGCUAUUUCUCAUCAAAAGGAAUAAAAUCGAUCUCUUGUUAUUUUUUGAUUGGAGUAAUAUUUCUGGUAAAAAACAUCGUGAACAAAAAUUAUAAACAAUGAAAACGGUAAUGCCGUAAAUAUUUGCCAUUUUAUCUUUAUUUUUCCUUCGGGUUUUUCACAUAGGAAAAUCAAUAAAUGACCUCGCUUAUGAAUUAACUAGACAAAAUCAUCUUUCAGUAAAGGUGCUGCACUCUAUUUAUCAAGAUUUCUUGUCCAAAAGUUGUUUACAGACAGAAAAAAAAAAAUGAAAUAUCCCACAUCAUUUUAAAACCAAUAGAUCCUUCGCUACGCUCCGAAUCUAAAAAAAAAAAAAAUAGUAAUACUCGUUGAUUUUAUUUGAUUACACAUGAGAUUUGAUCUUUUUCAUUUGUUUUUAUUUAAUUGUUAUGGUCGUUAUUCAUUAAUAUUUCCAUUAAAUUGGAUUUAUAAUAUUUAUAAAUCAAUAUUCUGAAAUACUUAAAUACAUAUAAUAUGUUCAUAUAUUUUAUAUAUAAAGGAUUACGAGGUGGAUAUUUCCUUUCGAAGCGUGGGUUUAAUGAGAAAGACCAAAAAAAGUUCACCUUUCAAGAAUUGGCAGUCGGGUUGAAUAUUUAUGUAAACGGAUUUGAGUUCAAAAUCAUAGACGUCGACGAGAACACGUUAAAGUUUUUUAUAAAUAAUCCAGAGGAAGUAAAUAUAAAACUCAUAUUGCACAUAUUUGUAAACACAAUUAUUGUUAAUUGUUAUGAUUCGAAAAAUUUUGUCUAUAAUUUUAGUUCCCGCACAGCAAUUUUGAAGCAUUGUUUUGUAAAACGCAUUCGUUUAUAAAAGAACGAUUUCAGAGUAUAGACGAAUUUUUUACUCAAGCUUUUCAAGAUCGAGAACUAGUGAAUAGAGACGAAUUUAGACAAAUUAUGAGUUUCAAUAAAAAAUUGGAUGAUCAUACUGGAGUAGUACUCGCUUUCAUAUAUAAGCGAAAAGAACCGUAUGAACCCUAUACGAGUAAUGAUUUUCAAAAUGUAGUUCAGGAUAUAUUGAGAAGAGCACAAUUUAUACACUUUGAUGGUCUAAAACGAAACUUAAGAUCUAGAAAAUUAACUUCUGACAAAAAAGAUUAUGUUUUAAUCAAAGAAGCAAUCAAAGCAGUGAAAAGCUGCAAAAUCCCGUUGAGCAGCGAAGUAAUAAACCUUAUUUUUAACGAGUGAGUAAUUUUUCUACUUUUUUACGGUUUUUAUUUUAAUUAUUUUUUUAAAUCGAAAAUUGCAUACAAGUAUAUGGUACAACCAAAAUGUGUUACUCAUUUGAUCAAAUAAACAUCAGAUUAGGUUCUCGCGCUUGUACAGAAAUAAUAUUAUAAAUUGUACUGUUGUUUUAUUGUUUAUGGAUUGUAUAAAAUUAAAUUAUUUGGGUUACUUAAGAAUAUAACUACUGUUUCUGUUUUCUGGGUCAACGGACUACUAUUGGAAAAAAAAAAAAAAAAAAAUGAAUAAUGUUAAAUAAUAAUGGGGGUAGGGCAUGAAUAAUGUGCUGACCAGCUUAUAACAGCCUAUAAGCUUAUAAGCACGGCCAGCGAAAAGUGAGCCGCGAUCGCCACGCGCUUAUCGGCCAUUUUUUAUCAGGGCUACUCCCGAUUGUUUUCCCGCGCAGGCAUAACACUGUAAGGUAGGCCAAUAACACUGUAAGGUAGACCAAUAACACUGUUGCACACGAAUGGGUAUAGUCGUACAGGUACGUUUAUCGUAAAACGAAUCAAGCGUCAAAUGUUUGCGGAAUGUAAGCCGCAUAGAAUCGCUGUCGGCUGCCAUUUGUCCGGUAAAUGUAGAGCCCACGAAUGCGAAAAAAAAAAAAAAAAUGGCCGGUAGGUGCGUGGCGACCGCGGCGAUACUGGCCGUAUCAUAACAACGUAUUAUGUAAUAAUAAAUAAUACCAGCACAAAAGGUCGGCGUCUAAUUAAUACCGGUGCGCGGCAGUGCCGAAGCUAAGUGCGGCGGCGACUGGUAACGGUGGUUACGCACAACGAUAUUCCCCGGAUCCCGGACGCUGUAUCGUCUACUUUUACCUACGUAUCGGCGGGUUUUCGAUAUUUCAUGAACGCGGUAGAGUCGGUAACCGUCGGAAACGAAAAGUUUCAUUAAAAUCGGGUUUCGGCCGUAAACUAAAAUAUAACCGUGACCGGUCGAUCAGCGUGCAAUGGUGUUCUGAUCGCAAGCGCGUGGUGCGCAUAGUGUGUACCGCCGAGGUGUUAUUCGGUAACGGCGUCGGAAUGGCGCGAGUGCGCGGCGGUGUCCGAUUAAGUUCGGACAGUUUUAAGUUAUUUAUGUUUCUUUCUCUUAUAUGCUCACGUCAUAAUUCAACAAUUUACUGAUCCAAUAACUUUUAACUGUGGUUGCGUUUACAACAUAAUAUAUUAUGUUAACUCUGAAUAAAAUAAAUAACUCGAAGCACGUGUCCAUGACGGUAACAUUUUUCUUUGCAUUUGUAUAGGUUCAAACAUGAAGAACAAGAUAUAGUGAAUUAUGAAGAAAUGGUGGAUUGGUUAGAUUACAUAACAAACCCGGUACAACAACAACGAGUGUUUGCGAACGUUAGUGGUUAAACAUAUUAUCUUACGUAUUAGAAUGACGUUGUAUAAAACCAAUAAAAUAAAAAGUGUUUGACGGUAUAUUCUUCUUCUGUGUGUUGCAGGAUGUGUUGUUUGUGAAACCGAAGAAACCUUGGGUCAAAGUAAAAGAGUUCGUGGACGAUCUGAAGAAAAAGGAUGAUAAAUAUUUUAAGGCAAAGUGA